AUGAGAGCGGUAACCGGAAAACGUCUCAUCCGGAAGCUGCAACUAUGCAACUCUGGCUUUGACUGUGGCAAUGGUGUUUCCGAACGGAUUUGGAGUAGCAUGACCCAGCAUGAGAUCUUUGCGAUUCGGCACACACAGCGGCUUACCAUCAAAGGGCUCGAAAUCGAACGCCAUCAAGAGGGUUCCGACGGCUCCGGGCACUAUCGUGCGAGCAAAAUGGCGUCCCAGACAGACGUUGCCGCCGCCUCCGAACGCUUGAAAGAUGUCGGGCAUCUGAGUCUCGGGAUAACGCACGCCCAGGAACCGGUCCGGGAUGAAUUUGUCGGCAUCCUUUUCAAGCUGGAGGUGUGGAUGGCGACGCCUAAACCCCAGAUGAAGUUGCCCUUGCGGAGGAAGUACUCGGUGUUGUCCUCCUUAAUUGUCAGGGGAUAG